CUGAAUCUUUACAGACCAUUUUUAUCGGUCAGUGCGGUUGGAUCCGUCUUGACAUUUUCACAAGAAACAAGAGUAAUAUCGUCACUGAAAGCUCGACUUACAGCGAAUUGCCUGUUUGACCUCCAAAAUCGCCUUUAUAGCCAGUGUAUAACACCAUAUCAGCCGCUUAGCUAAGGCUUGAACACAGAGCAAGUCAAUAAUAGAGGGGCUUUCAAUGAUCCCACAAGCCGACUCCAUAGCUAUGACACUUGUUAAUACAAACGGUCAUAGCAAUGGCACCGCAGAAGCUCAUUCAGCAUCCGUUUAUGAUAUUUUAAAUUCUCCAGACAACCCUACUUCGUUUUAUUCCACCGAUGAACAGCGUCAAAAUUUUAAAAUUGCCUCCGCAGGAUGCAAGCACCUUUUUGAUAUGAAACACCAACAUUCUAUACCCAGCAAUGCAAGUGACCGAGAUACCUUUCGACAAACCUUCAUCACGGCUGUAGAUUAUGGUAUUGCGUGGAAAAUCGCUAUGAGUGAAGUGCGAUCGUCUGGAAAGACCGAUGAUCCCGUCAGGUCCAAAAAGAGGAAGAAGCUGAAUGAACAGCUUCCUGUACCACAUUGUACUUCGUGUCAAUUGCUGUCUAACCGACUACACAUUUGUUUACACUGCAAUUACUUGGGUUGUAGAAGCCAAAGGCAUAUUCAGCAACAUCUUAAGAAAGAGAAUCAUACAUUUGCUAUGGAUUUUUCAAACCAAAUGAUCUAUUGUUCAUUAUGUUCGGACUAUAUUUAUGACAAAGAGCUCUAUGAUCUUAUUACGAAACCCAAGUUAUUACGCAUGUACAAAUAUUUGAGACGUGGAAAAAAAUCUCAACCGCAAUUUAUUGACUGGAUACCAUCUGAUAGCGAACAAACGCUAAUAACGACGCAGUCGUCGUUAUUGCCUUGUCGCGGCAUACGCGGACUGACUAACAUGGGCAAUACAUGUUUCAUGAAUGUCAUCCUCCAGAGUAUGGCGCAUAAUCCCCUUCUGAGAGCACACUUCCUGAGCGACCGGCAUAAUUACAAAUCUUGCAAACGAAAAUAUUGUAUGUGCUGCGAAAUGGAUAAGCUAUUCGAGCAGUUGUAUUCUGGUGAGAGAUCACCCUAUGGACCUUGUACAUUUCUUCAAUCUAUGUGGCUCAGUCUAAAGGAACUAGCGGGAUAUGCCCAACAAGAUGCACAUGAGUUUUUUAUAAGCGCCCUGAAUCAAAUCCAUGCAGAUUCUAAAGACCAUAGCAUGGAUGAUUGCCACUGUGUGGUACACCAGACUUUUGCUGGCCUCCUGCAAUCAAAUGUCACCUGCUUAAAGUGUGGCAAUGUUUCAUCAGCAUACGACCCUAUGCUUGACAUAAGCCUCGAUUUGCUACCGCCGGAAAAGAAAAAGAAGCAGAUUACACAACCCCUGCCAGGAGACAAUGCAGGAAAACUUGGAAAUCCUUUACUGACCUCUAAGGACAAACAAGAAUCACCAAACUCCGAUCAGCAUCAGUCUUUUUUUGCAGCUAGACGCGCCCGAGAAGCGAAUUCCUUGACCGACUGCCUUGACAGAUAUACCAAGCCGGAAAAGCUUGGAGAAAAUCAAUACAGUUGCGGAAAUUGUGGGCAUACAUUCCAAGCAGCUGUCAAGCAGCUCUCUGUGAAGCGACUCCCGCAGGUUCUUAGUUUUCAGCUAAAGCGUUUUGAGCAUGGUAAAUCUGCUACCAAGAUAGAAACCAAAAUCAAAUUCCCAAUAGACUUAGACAUGACGCCUUAUACCACUGAAUAUGGCGAUGGAAGCGGUAAACACAGUGAUAAGAAAUCGCAUCGAUCAUCAAAUCCACCAGCUUACAACAACAUCAAUGUGUACACAUUGUUUGCGGUUGUUAAUCACCAAGGCAAAAUGGAUACGGGCCACUACACUAUGUUUGCGAAACACCGAGGACAGUGGUUUAAAUUUGACGAUCAUCAUGUGACUAUGAGCUAUCAAAAGGACGUUCUGGAUAGCAAAGCGUACAUGUGUUUUUACAUCAAAAAAUCUUUGGACUAUGGUUUCGGUUGAAGUGGCAGCAUAUUUGGGAAAAAAUCAUUCGAUUUUACCUAGCGGUUUUUUUUGUAUGCAUUCGGGGCACUGGCCGUCUAAAUUUCUGCAAGGGAGGCCGUUAUGGGCCAGGUAUAAAAGCAAAUUUUUAUUUCAGUAAAAUGAUUGGCUGCUGCCCUUUCGAUAAUUUUUGUACAGUCUCCGAAAGUACCUUCCCCUUCUACCUUGUUUUCAUCCUAUACAAUGUUGACCGAUUCUUUGGGCACCCUUGCACU